GAUAGCUUAUACUAUAGACUCUGCACAUUUACUGUAACCCAAAAAGAAUUUAUGAAUCAACAUUGGUAUCAUUGUCAUACUUGUAAAAUGAUUGAAGGUGUUGGGGUUUGUAGCAUUUGUGCUAAAGUAUGCCAUCGAGGUCAUGAUGUUACUUAUGCUAAAUUUGGAAACUUUUUCUGUGACUGUGGUGCAAAAGAAAACAAUUUCUGUCAGGCGUUAAUCAAAAGAAAUCCUAACUCAAUAGAUACAAAUAGUCAGCGAGAUAAAAUAGCUUCUGUUGAAGGUGGAAACCCAGUUACUGAUCAAGAAAGAGUGGAUGCCUAUAAUUCAUCUUCAGCUACAGAUCAAAAUCAAGAUCCGAGAACUAUGAGUACAAGAAGUUUAGAUUAUGAAUCUAUUUUAUUGAAUUCACUUACUGCAACUUAUAAGAAUUUGUUGAUGUCAACAAUAGUGGAUCAUUCUCAAAUAAUCGAGCCAACAUUAGAACUUUGUUCUCAAUUAAUGAAUGUAGUUAUAAAAUCUGGUGAAAAAAAUUCUGCAAUUGGUUGUAAUACCAGAGCAUUAGAUACAUUAAAUGAUUUACAAGAAUUAGAGAAAUCUAUUGAAGUAUCAGAUAAUAUAAUGUUGCCUACUAUGGGAUCUCAAGAAGGUGCUUUUGAAAAUGUAAAGAUGAACUUUAGCGGAGAUCAAGGUCAAACUAUUCGGCAGCUACUUUCUGCUCAUAUGAUACGUCGUGUUGCCAUGUGUUGUUUAUCAUCUCUGCACGGCAAAAGACAACAUUUAGUUGCAGUAUCUCAUGACAAAGGAAAAAUAGCAGUACUACAAAUGAGUUCAUUAUUAAAACAAUCAGAUGUAUCAAAACGCAAAUUAACUUUAACACGAUUAUCUUCUGUUUCUAUCCCAUUUACUGUUUUAUCAGUUACUGCAAAUCCUGUUAAUGAAGACUUCCUUUCUGUGUGUGGCUUAAAGGACUGUCAUAUCUUAACAUUCAAUACAAGUGGAACUGUUAAUGAGCACAUUGUUCUUCAUCCAACUUUAGAAGUAGGAAAUUUCAUAAUUCGUUCAAUUUGGCUUCCUGGAUCACAAACUAGUUUAGCUUUGGUGUCUGCUGAAUUUGUUAAAAUUUAUGAUUUAUCCAAAGAUGUUUUAAGUCCUCAAUAUUAUUUUCUUGUACCUACUGGAAAAAUACGAGAUGUAACAUUUAUGUGUACUGAGGAGAGGUCAACCAUGAUAUUAAUAUCUUCCGGAGGUUAUAUAUACACACAAGAUAUGGAUUUAGGCAGUUCAGCUAUUCAUGGUCCGUUUUAUGUGACUAAUACUAUUGAUAUUGUUCAUCCAGAUAUUAGUGAUAUAAAUGGCCAAGUUUGUGGAGGUGGUGUGUCAGUUUAUUAUUCACAUACAUUAUCACUAUUAAUGUUUAGUUAUGUGACUCCUGGUCGCACAUUUAUUGCACCUUUAGAUGAAGAUGGAUAUGAAGGUGGUGUUAUUACAUUGCACCCAGUUUUUGCCAUUAAUUCACAAACAUCAAGCCCUAGUGCAAAAAAUAAGAGUAAUGUUAGUCAAUCAAGUACUUCUGUACCUCCUACUCAACCAAUGUGGCAGUGGUCUGAAGUUCCUGGACAUCCUGGCUUAGUAUGUGCAAUAUUGCAGUCAAGCAAUACUCCAGUCGUAUUUAUGAUAACACCAAAAGUUAUUAGUCUUCAAGAAAUUAAGUUGGCUCAAACUAAGACUAAGAUUACAGAUAUGGUAGCUGUACGCCAUCCUUUAUCAAGUGAAGAUUAUAGAACAACUUUAAUAAUUUUAUGUGAAGAUGGUAGUUUACGUAUGUUCUUAGCAGCUAAAGAACAAACAGAUUUUUGGCUUUCACCAUCUAUUCAACCCUCAUGUCAUAUAACGUCUUGUAAAAUGAAGAAAAAGAAAAUAAAUAAAUCUGGAAGAUCCUCAGGAAGUAGUUCAUCAUUUCCAAUUGAUUUCUUUGAGUAUUGUGUAACUAUGAAUGAAAUUGAAUUUGGUGGUAAUGAUCUAUUACAAAUUUACAACCCUCAACAAAUAAAAAAUAGACUGAAUAGUAAUGGGAUGUAUGUAGUGUCAACAAAACCUCGUUUUAGUAUUGAAGUUAUUAAUAAUGAUGCUACUAUGGUAAUUGCUGGAAUAAGAAUUAAUGUUGGUAGUCAAGAUACAGGGCGUGCUCCGGGUUAUAUAGAGGUAUUAGGACGCACAUUGCCAUUGGUACCUAUUACUCGAAGUCGAUGGUUUGAUUUUCCAUUAACCAGAGAGGAAAGCCUUCAAAGUGAUAAAAAAUUAGUAAUUGUGUUUGGUCCAUCACGAGAUCCAGAAGGUGUUACUAUGAUUGAUUCUGUGAAAGUGUAUGGAAAAACUAAAGAGUCAUUUGGGUGGCCUGAUGAAGUUGAUGAAAUCAGUAAUGGUACAAUAUAUGGUUCAACUUCUUCUAGUACUGUAGUUACAACCAAUCAGUUCAAUUCGCAAGAGAAAGAGUUACCUUUAACUGGAUUUACCAUCAAUCAUUUAGACAAAUUUGUCAUUGGAUUAUUAUCAGUAUUAGAAAAUAGCUUUAGCGUAUCAAAUUAUUGUUUGAAUGAUGAUACGGAGAAAUUUUCAUCCAAUAAAACUAAAGCUAUCAACGUUGCACUAAAAUUAUUAAAUCAUAGUACUCAAGCAUGUAUUCAACUUCAUUCUAAAUCAUUAUUAGCUGUUUUGCAACCAGAAUUUCAUACUUUUAAGGAUCAAUCUAUGUUGAAUUAUAUUCUUCAAUCUUUACAUGAUUUAGAACAAGAAGAUAAAAAUAUAGAUGCUGAAGCAUAUUAUAGACUUGUUUUAAUAACUCGAGGUAUUGCAGUUAGUAGACCACAAAAUUUAUCCAACUUUGAAUUUACGCAGAAUGAAGAAAUAAAUUUGAAUGUUGAUCAGUCAACUAUUGGAUGUCAAUUACUUAUUCACAAACUUAUGUCUGUGUUUUGGAUUUUAUACUUUAAUAGACCAAAAAAUCCAUCGUACUGCACAAUUUAUGUUCCUGGUCUUAAACAUACAGAAGCUGUUGUUUAUGCUCUUGUUGAAAUUUUACAUUCUUUAUUAUUUUAUGAAUAUACUGGUUUUCAACAUUCUCAGAUUAAUACAAUAUCUAAGUUCUACUUAGAUUUCUUAUUAUGCCAAGAUGUAGCAGUUAGUUAUACUGCUAAAUUAGCACUUUCGAGAGCAUUAAAACCACAUGUUUUUGGGAAGAAUAAACUAAAUUCAGUUCGUGGAGAUAUUUCUUUCAAAGAGUCAGUUGAAGUAAAAGAGUCAUCCAACAAAGAAUCUGAAAAUGAAAUACAAGUUCCUCAAGAAUCUCCAGAAGAAAAUAUUCAGUACGAAGUUGAUGAACCAAUUAUUUUAUUGGAUCCUAGAGUUGAACCACAAGAACAAGUUCGUCAAAAUAUGGAGGUAUUAAUUGGAAAUGUCCAAUUUCCUGGUCUUAUUAUUCCACCUGAUGCUGAUGAUGAAGCAAUGGUAGAAUUGGCUAUUGCAUUGAGUCUUCAAGAUAAUGAUGGAAUGGGUAAUAAUGCAGAACUCCAAAAUAUAAGGCAAGGUUUGCAACAAGGAUUUGUGGAAUUACAAGGAUUAAAUGCACCGCCUGAAUUAAGGAAUAUGCAAGAAAUAUCAUCACAAAAUAAUGAAAACGGUCAAAACUCUGAAGUCCAAUCUACACAACAAGGUCAUUUGAGUGACACAACUGCAUCUGCAGCUGGCUCUGAUGAUGAAGAUACAAAUGCUGUACCAGGAAGUAGCAAUUUAAGAACAUCACCAACAGAAAUUAGUCAAGUCGAAAGAGGAGAUUUAGAUGUAGAAAUCGCUUAUGAUCAAGAUUUAGAAAUAAAUAACCAUUUACAUACCUUAAGGCUGUCCUUGUUAGAAAAGUUUAUUAAUCAUAUUCCUAAUCUUCACAAUAUUGGAGGAACAAGAGCUAUACCAUUUUUCCAAGUUGUGUCUUCAAUUGUGGCAGAUAUGGAUUUAAAUAAUGAAAGAGAUAAAGAAUACUUUACUGAACUUAUGCAAAUGUUUAUAUCAUAUAUUUGUCGUGAGACAUUAGAAGAUUCUAAUUUACAUAUAAGAAAUCCACAGCGAGAAAUAGUCAUAAUUAUUAUGCGUUUUAUUGGUGUUUUAUUAGCAAGGCCUAAAUCUAGUUCUAAAUCAUCAUCCGAUCAUACUACUUAUUUAUCUCAAACUGCAGCAUCUAUGUUAAAACAUGCUCAAUUUAUACCUUGUUGUUUAAAAGCAUUAAAAGCUUUACAAGAAUAUUGGGCUGGUUUUAGCGAAAAUAAUGAUAAUGGUGCCACUGUUGUUAGUGUUUUGUUAGAACCAAGUGGUCCACCACAAGUUCCAGAUAUGAGUCCAUUUUUUUUAAAACCUUAUUCAGUUAGCCAAACAAAAGAUAUUUUUCACAACUACCCUAUAAUUCUAACUGAAAUGCUAUUACGUUUACCAUAUCAAAUACAGAAAAGUUGGUCGCAAUUAUCGUUUGAAGCAGAAUGGUUAUCUGUAUUGUGUGAAUUUAUGAGCUUAAAAACAAUUAGCCCAUUUAUCAAACGUCAAGUUAGAAAACUACUAUUAUUUGUAUGUGGAAACAAAGAUAAAUAUCGCCAGAUUAGAGAUAUGCAUGCUUUGUCAACUAGUAUGAAGAAUUUUCAACUUACAUGCUUUAUUAAUGACCGAAAUCUACAACCAUCUCUUAAUUUAACAUAUGAUAAACUUGUUGAAAUUGUCGAAGAUGUAAAAAUUUGUGUAGAUAUUGCGUCAAGCCGUAUGCUAAACUGGCAGCUAUAUUGUCGAAAAGAUAAUACCGUUUUAAUGUAUUUAAUGCGUGCAGCUUGUCUUUUAGAUGAGGGUGUAUCUUCUACGAUUUUACAUUUGCUUCAGUAUGCUAUUUGUGGUGCUAAAAACCAAUCAGGAACACCUUCUACAAAAGAAUCCAAAUCAAAAGUUUCUAAAGUAGCUGAAGAUAUUGAGAAUGCUAUGCUUGAAGAAGCUCAAUGUAUGAUACUAGUUAAAGAAAUGAAUAAGCGAUUAAGUAGAGAUACUUUAACACGUUUUGUUAAAACAUUUUUACUUGAAACAAAUUCUACACAUAUUCGUUGGCAAGCUCAUGCAUUAGUAUUGUCAAUUUAUAGAAAUUCAGAACAUGAUGAUCAAGAAAAAUUACUUGAAUUACUGUGGGCUUUAUGGCCACAAUUGCCAACAUAUGGAAGAAAAGCAUCUCAGUUUGUGGACUUAUUAGGAUAUUUUAGUUUUAAAUACAAUCAGAAAGCUGCCACAUCUACCAAAUAUGUUGAACAGGCGAUUGAACUGCUAAGAACUCAAAAUUAUAAAUUGGCAUGUCAUCCUAAUGCUAAUUUGUACACACAAAUAUCACAGUAUGUUGAUUUAGAAGGUUUUUAUUUAGAAAGUGAACCAUGCAUGGUUUGUAAUAACCCUGAAAUACCAUUCAGCAAUAUCAAAUUGACUUCCAUUAAGGUAGAUUCAAAGUUUACAACUACUACCCAAAUUGUUAAACUUAUGGGAAGUCAUACAAUUAAUAAAAUUGUGUUGCGUAUAACUGAUUUAAAGCGUACUAAAAUGGUACGCACAAUGAAUAUAUUUUACAACAAUCGAUAUGUACAAGCUGUGGUAGAACUUAAAAAUAAACCAGCAAUGUGGCAUAAAGCAAAAGAAAUCACAUUGACAUCUGGGCAAACUGAAGUAAAAGUCGAAUUUGCUGUACCAAUAGUAGCAUGCAAUUUAUUAAUAGAAUAUGCUAGCUUUUAUGAAAAUUUGCAUGCUUCAUCAGAGACUUUACAGUGUCCUAGAUGUAGUGCGACAGUUCCAGCAAAUCCUGGAGUUUGUUCUAAUUGUGGUGAAAAUGUAUUUCAGUGUCAUAAAUGCCGGGCUAUAAACUAUGAUGAAAAAGAUCCUUUCCUCUGUCAUUCUUGUGGAUUUUGUAAAUAUGCUAAAUUUGAUUAUGUAUUAACUGCUAAGCCUUGUUGUGCCGUUGAUCCUAUUGAAAAUGAUGAUGAUAGAAAUAAAACUGUGAGUUCCAUUAAUUCAAAUUUGGAAAAAGCCGAUAGAUUAUAUAAACAAUUAGUGUCAUCAAAACCUAUCUUGGAGAAUAUGUUAGUUAAAGUUAUGGAAAAUCGUUUGGAAAAAUCUAAUAAUACAAAUGCAGAAGAGAGUCAAAGUCCAAAUGUUGUUCCUGUCUCAGGAUUUGCAGCUGUUGUUAAUGGUGCUAUGAACAAUAAUAUUUCUUCUGGACCAGUACAUCAAGUCAAUAGAUCUAUUCAAUUAUUAGCUCAAAAGUAUGGCUCUGAAUGUCGUAAUACUUUUGAAGAUCUCAGCCGUAUUGUACAAAAAGUGUUGGCUAGCCGUAAAGAGUUAAUAGCAUAUGACCAAAAACAAUUGGGUCAAGCUAAAUCAACUACUCGUUUUAAUGGCAGUUUUAGUUCUCUUUCAGUAUCUGAUUCUUUUACAUCUUUAUCAAUUUCUCAAAAUAUACCAUCAGCAUGCUCUUUACCUAAUACAAAUUGUUAUGGGUGUAUAACAGCAGCUUUAGAACAUUGCUUUGUUAUGUUACGUGCUCUUGCUACAAACAUGACAUUGCGUAAAAUAUUAUUGCAACAAGGGCUCAUUCAAGAACUUGUUGAGAAUAAUAUCAGAAAAGGCUCAGUUCAAACUCAAGAAGAAGUAAGAAAUUUAUUAUGUAUUUUAAUACAAGAUAAUCAAAAAGCAACUGAAGAUUUAUGUGGAUUAUUAAGUCAAAGAAUAUCACUAACGAUUCGGGGCCCAAUAGCAAAUGCUGAUUUAGCUUUUGCUGUUAGACCAGAGAUAUCUUUACUAGCAACAAUGUUGUAUAAAGAAGAUUCAUGUUGGGAACAAAAAGCCAAAUGUGUAAUGCAACUUUUUUUUAUGACUUGCAAAGAAUUCCAAUCAUCAGCUAUUGUUACAUAUAUAACAUUGCCAUGUCUAAAAAUGAUGCGCAAUAUUAUCAAACCACCAGCUUCAAUAGCUAAAGUAAACAAGGAUAAAUCUACAGAAAGUUUAUCAACUAUUCAAAUGUCCGAUCAUUUGAUGGUUGAUUUUAGAAAAUGGGCUAAACAAAGUCCUGAACAUAUGUUUAAUGCAUGGCGACAAAGACUUCAAAAAAAAGUACUGGAUAUUCCAAUUAAAAAACCUAAAUCAAAGAAUGAAAUAAGACAAUAUUAUUUAGCCUCUAAAUAUUUCAAAAAAUGGCGAUUGUAUACUUUAAGAGAUAUUGUUAAGCCAUUCCAUUUAAUAGAAUCUUCUUGGUUGAAACAUUUCUUAUUCUGUUCGAGUACAAGGUUGUUAAGACAAGUAGCAUGUGCUAUAUUUGAGGGUAUUGCUCAAGCACCAGAAAGAAAAAAAGAGAUUUUAGAUUUACUAACUGGAUUUUUAACAGAACUUGGAAGUGCAGGAGAAAACUGUGCUGAAUUUUUAGCUUUAUAUCAAAAUUUAAUACAGCAAACUCCUUGGAAGCAGUACUUGGCAUUGCGAGGAGUGCUUAUAAUGAUUUCUGAUAUAAUCACUAAAGAAAUCCAAUAUUUGCAUUAUUUGGAAGAAACUACAUUAACUUCAGAUUUAGCUCAAGGGUUUGUUUUGAAAAGUUUAACAGGAUUAUUGGCAUCAUUUUUGGAAGUUGAGAGCAUAAAACAACAGUAUAAAGGAAGGCUUGUCGGGGCUAUUUUGAAUGGAUAUCUAUCCCUUCGUCGUUUGGUUGUUCAGAGAACACGUUUAAUUGAUGAAACUCAAUCUCAGCUUUUGGAUCUUCUUGAAGAAAUGACUUGUGGAACUGAAACUGAAUCUAAAGCAUUUAUGGCAAUUUGUGUAGAAACUGUAGAAAAGUGUGAUCCACAGGAUGUACGUACUCCAGUUUUUGUAUUUGAAAGAUUAUGUUCAAUUAUUUACCCUGAAGAAAAUGAUGUUGGUGAAUUUUACAUGAAUUUAGAUAAAGAUCCUCAACAAGAAGAUUUUUUGCAAGGUCGUAUGUUAGGUAAUCCAUACAGCAGUAAUGAACCUGGCCUUGGUCCUUUGAUGAGAGAUGUAAAAAAUAAGAUCUGUCAAGAUUGUGAAUUAGUUGCUUUACUUGAGGAUGAUAAUGGUAUGGAACUUUUGGUUAACAAUAAGAUUAUUAGCUUGGAUUUGCCAGUUAAAGAGGUAUUCAAAAAAAUCUGGUUGCCAGAAGGUGGUGAAGCUAUGCAUAUUGUAUAUCGCAUGAGAGGAUUAUUAGGAGAUGCUACUGAAGAAUUUAUUGAAACAUUAGAUGCUAAAUCUGACACAGAAAUCAAUUAUGAAGAAGUUUAUAAAAUGGCUAAUGUAAUGGCCGAAUGUCGUGGAUUAGAAGUCAUAUUAAAUCGAUUAUCUACAAUAGAAGAUUUAUCAAGGUCACGUCCACUCUUACAAGUUCUACUUAAACUACUUGGUCUUUGUGUUCGGGUAAAACAUAAUCAAGAAGUAUUAACUGAUCCUAAAUUAGAAUCCAUACCAAUUUUACUUAGUACACUUGAGUUAUGUUUAAGUAAUGAAGCUGAUGGUUUAUCAAAUACUGCUCUAACUGAACAAACUCUUGACAUUUUAGAAACAAUACUCUCAAAAGCUACUUCUCAAAGUCUAGAAGAUUUUGCUCAAUUAUCAGAGACUUUUGGUCCUGAUGAUCAUAUUCGUUACCUAUUACACUGUGCUUCAAAUGCUCGGUAUACAAUUGUUCAGCAUCUAACUCGGGUUUUAGCUGCUCUUACAUACAACAAUAAAGCUAAAAUGAUUAUUCUUAUGGACCAUUUUGCUUCUGUUAUUUCUGAUUUUGAAAAAUUCGAUGAUGUCCACUCUGCUCAAGAUGAACAAAUGAUGAAUUUGUUUUGUGAUUUGACCUAUGGCAUAGAAAAUAAUUCACUUGGAAAUACCCUAAAAGAUUAUAUACUUUCCCUGGGGGUUAUUGAUAAUGUCACUCAAUAUAUAUCACGUCAUGCACCUACUGUAAAAUCAACUUUAAACAAGAAUAGUGAUAAAGAUGAAUGGAAAGAAUUUAUAUCAAAACCUUCGUUAAAAUAUAUAUUACGAUUUUGGACUGGAUUAGCUAAUAGUCAUGAACCAACCCAGACUGCUGUUUCUGAUGAAUGUAUUCAAACUGUUCAUUGCUUAGAGCAAGUGUCAUCAGAUGAACAUGUUGGAUCUCUAGCAGAAAAUUUAUUAGAAGCUCUAAAAACGAAUACUAAAAUGGCUGAAAAAAUAGAACAAGUCCGAGAACAAACUAAAGCUGAGAAGAAAAGAUUAGCAAUGGCCAUGCGUCAAAAACAACUUGGCCAAUUAGGAAUGCGUACUAAUGAAAAAGGGCAAGUAACUGCUGAAACUUCAUUGUUACAACAAGUUGAAGAUUUAGGAGAAGAGACUGGACUAGUAUGUGUUAUUUGUCGAGAAGGAUAUAAGUUCCAACCUAACAAAGUAUUAGGUAUUUAUACCUUUACCAAGAGGUGUGUAAUUGAAGAACACGAAGUGAAAGCUCGUAAAACCAUUGGUUACAGUACUGUAACACAUUUCAAUGUGGUACAUUUUGACUGUCAUAUGGCUGCGGUUAGACUUGCAAGGGUUCGUGAUGAAUGGGAAUCUGCAGCGUUACAAAAUGCCAAUACAAAGUGUAAUGGCUUAUUACCUAUGUGGGGUCCUUCGGUUGCUGAAUCCGCUUAUGCAAAUUGUUUAGCAAGACAUAACUCAUAUUUACAAGAAGCUACUGGCCAAAGAGAUAUAAGUUAUAUGCAAACUGUUCAUGAUCUAAAGUUACUAUUAUUAAGAUUUGCUCAAGAAAAGAGCUUUCAUGAAGAUACUGGAGGUGGUGGACCUCAGUCUAAUAUGAAUCUAGUACCAUACCUCAUGCAUAUGUCAUUAUAUGUGAUAAACACGACAAGGAGAUCCAGCGCUGAAGAACGUAAUUUACUUGCAUAUUUAGAACCAAAACCUUCUGACCGGUUGAUUGAUAGUUUGUAUGACACUGAAGGUCCAUUAUAUUGGCUUACUAUGGCUAUUAUGUUAACACCGUAUCCAAAAUGGAAAUCAACUCAUCAUUUAAUGCAUUUCAAUAAAAUCAUAUUAAUGGCUCAUGUUUAUCAUACAAAUUCUUCUAUAGCACCUAAUGUACGCUCUGUGCCUAUGACUCCUCAUGAUUACAUUGCUUACAAACCAGCUCUGAUGUUCUUUGCAUUAAUCAACACUAUGUAUGAAUACUAUUUUAAGGCUGUCGAGGUACCUGAAAAUAAAAGUUGGUCAGUUUGUUUAGCUGAUUAUAUCCGUCAAAAUGAUGAAUCAUUGCUCAAAUCAUCAGAGAAGAUGAUGGCUACUUUCAGUGAAGACUUUUUACCUUGUACCUCGUUUGAAGAAUUUUGUGAUGUUGCACGUUUAAACUUAACGGAUCCAUCAACUUACAUUAAAACUAUUUUAAGUACUUAUAUCCAUCAAUAAAAAUUAUAUAGUAAAUUAACUAAAGAAAUCACCA